UCCGGCCUGCGGGCCGCAGGGCUAGUUCCGGAGGGCGGACGCUGAGGAGGCCGUAGUGGUCGCAGCUCAGGCGCAGGCCAGGCGGGCAGGGUUGUAGGGCUGGGGUCGGCGGCGAGUUGCCCGGCGGUACAGCGGCAGCAGCCCGGCAGGCCGUCCAGAGUCGGCAGACCGGGCCGCUGCCAGCUCCCGUGGGGCAGCUCGGGCCCCUUCCGGCCCGGGGCUGGUCUGGCCGCAGGAGCUGGGCGGGCUGCGGCGCCGGGUCUGGCCCUGGCCUCCCGGCUAAGCGCCGGGCCCCUGGGCUGCGGGUACGGCAGCCAUGUGUGGACCUUGAAGCGCCGUGUCGUCCUCUGAAGCGCUUUGACAGUUCUGAAGGGCUUUAUAUUGCAAAUUGAUCAAAGCGCUUUGUAGCCCCGGAAGCGGUUAGGCAUCUCCGAAGUAGCGCUGUACAAAGUGAAGCGGUGGGUGAUCUCAGAAGCACGUUGUGGGUUUGGGAACCAACGGAAGCCUUUAGAAAAUUUUGAAUCGUUUUGACUUCUCCAGCACGGUUUGGCAUCUCUGAAACCUUGAGAACUGUGAUGGGCAGUGGAAAGAAGAGGGAAAGGUGCCCAUGGCGUCCGAGGGGCGCAAGGUCAAGUACAACUGGAGCAGCACGUCGGAAGGGUGUCCCAGCAAGCGCAGCUGCCUCCGGGAGCCCGGUGAUGUGGCCCCCUCCAGCCGGCCAGCUCAGAGCUCUGCGUGGCGUUCGGGAGGGCCCGGCAGCCCCAAGUGCCUGAAAGCCCAGAAGGAGGACGAUGUGGCUUGCUCGCGGAGGUUAUCCUGGGGCUCAUCCCGCCGCAGAAAUAACUCCUCUUCCCCCCGUUUCUUGGGCCCAGGUGUGGGCGGGGCCGCCUCCAAAGGCUGCCUGAUUCGUAGCACUCGGGGUUUCCUGUCGUCGUCAGGGGGAUCCCCUCCGCGUCCUGCCAACGCCUUUCUAGAAGAAAUGGCUUCUCUAGAGGAGGAAGCCUGCAGCCUUAAGGUUGAUUCCAAAGAUAGUUCUCAUAAUUCCACAAACUCUGAAUUUGCAGCUGAAGCUGAGGGUCAGAGUGAUAUGAUUGAGGAACCCAACAAGGUCCAGAAAAGGAAGAGGGAUAGACUUCGAGACCAGGGCUCCACAAUGAUCUACUUAAAGGCUAUCCAGGGCAUCUUGGGGAAAUCGAUGCCAAAAAGGAAGGGAGAGGCUGCCACUAGGGCAAAACUAAGCACAGCAGAGCAUCCCAGCCGUGGAGAAGGACCAGCGAGGAGUGAAGGACCAGCAAGCAGUGAAGGAACAGCCAAGACAGCAGAAGGAGCAGCCAGGAAUGUCACAGUCACUGCGGCUCAGGAGAAAGAGUCAACUCCAGAGGUCAGCAUGAAGGCGGACAAGACCAUCCCAGAGAGGAGCAGUUUCUAUGACAGGAGGGUAGUUAUAGACCCUCAGGAGAAACCCAGUGAGGAGUCCCUUGGGGACCGAAGGACAGUCAUUGACAAAUGCUCUCCACCCCUAGAGUUCUUGGAUGACUCUAACUCUCAUUUAGAAAAUCAACAGCAUAAAGAUAGAGAGGUGGUGAUGGAGCAACCCUCUUCUGGAAGUGACUGGUCUGAUGUUGAGGAGAUCUCCACGGUCAGAUUCUCUCAGGAGGAACCUGUCUUACUGAAACCCUCAGCCGUUCCAGAGCCUUCUUCCUUCACCACUGACUACGUCAUGUACCCGCCUCAUUUGUACAGUAGUCCUUGGUGUGACUACGCCAGCUAUUGGACCAGCAGCCCCAGGCCUUCCAGCUACCCCUCCACAGGGAGUGGCAGCAACGAUGCAGCCCAGGUUGGGAGGAGCAGCUGGAGCCACCUGAGUGAUUAUUCCCCCAACUCUUCAGGGAGUGCCCAAAACACCUCCAGAGACAUGGUGGCCUCAGAGGAAGGCCGGUCCCAGAAUUCUCGUUCAUUUCGCUUUUCCAGAAUCUUAGAAGAAAGAGAGGUGAAGGAGAAAAGAACAUUCCAAGAGGAGACGCCACCGCGUCCUUGUGGAGGACAUUCAUCCAGCUCCCUGCCAAAGAGCCACUGCGAGCCAAGCCUAGAGGAGGGCUUCAUUGACACCCAUUGUCACUUGGACAUGCUCUAUUCCAAGUUGUCUUUCCAAGGGACCUUUAAAAAGUUCAGAAAAAUUUACAGCAGCUCCUUCCCAAAGGAAUUUCAGGGUUGUAUCUCUGACUUCUGUGACCCUCGCACCUUGACAGAUUGCCUAUGGGAGGAGCUAUUAAAAGAGGAUCUGGUGUGGGGGGCCUUUGGCUGUCACCCUCAUUUUGCACGUUACUACAGUGAGAGUCAAGAAAGAAAUCUUUUGCAAGCCUUAAGACACCCCAAGGCUGUAGCGUUUGGGGAAAUGGGCUUGGAUUACUCUUACAAGUGCACCACGCCUGUCCCAGAACAGCACAAGGUAUUUGAGAGACAGCUACAGCUGGCUGUGUCUCUAAAGAAGCCCUUGGUGAUCCAUUGCCGAGAAGCUGAUGAAGAUCUGCUAGACAUCAUGAAAAAGUUUGUGCCCCCUGACUACAAGAUCCAUAGGCAUUGCUUCACCGGUAGCUACCCGGUCAUCGAGCCCCUGCUGCAGUACUUUCCCAACAUGUCUGUGGGCUUCACGGCAGUGCUGACAUACUCCUCCGCCUGGGAGGCCCGGGAAGCCUUGAGGCAGAUCCCCCUGGAGAGAAUCAUCGUGGAAACGGAUGCUCCCUACUUCCUUCCUCGCCAGGUUCCCAAAAGCCUUUGUCAGUAUGCCCACCCGGGCCUGGCCUUGCAUACGGUCCGAGAGAUUGCCAGGGUCAAAGAUCAGCCACUCUCCCGCACCUUGGCUGCCUUGCGUGAGAACACCAGUCGCCUCUACAGUCUCUAAGCAGAGAUGGUACAGUCAUCGGGAGUCUGCCAGAAAAGGGCAACCAGCAGCCUGACAGAACGCAGGCUGGCUUGAAGUCUGUGUCCCAGGUUGAGGAUGUGUUUGGAGAGCUGAUUGGAACACAGAAAACCAGGACAGGAUAUUUUCCUCAAAGUGGGUUAUAAGGCGUCAGCUUCUGGGUGGUGGGUGGGGUGGGGUGGGUGUGGAAUGAGGGGUAUGGGGACUGCCUGUAAUAGCAUUGGUGUUUUGCUUCCCAGCCAAAAUGCUCCAGGGUAGGCAGCAAAGAAGAAAGAGUGUGAUAGGAGGGUACAGAGAGUUUGCCAGUCCAAAUCCUGUUCUCUGCAGCCUGUGUUUUUGAGCAGUUUGUGAAUAAAGUUACCUGCCUACGCGUCUAAGCACAUGUGGGUGUGUAACUCAGUUCCUGGUUCUCAGUUCUAAAAACAGACUCCCAAGUGGGAAACCUUUUGGGGGAAAUUAAUUGGAGACCUAGCUCAGAGGUUUAUUUUCUUGCAACCAGUGAAGUCCUCCUCCUUCCUUCCCUGGAUAACUCUUCAGUUUGGCUGUCACUGUUCUGGUGUCAACUCCAGCGAUGGCACAGGUAGAAGGACUUCAUCUCUGGUCUCAUUGGUUCCACUGCCAUCGAUAUGGAGAUGUGCAGAGGAGCGCUCAUUGUUCAUGAUGGAGAUCCAGGACAGACUGGGGGACUCCAGGAAGAGGGCUUCUUGGGGAAGAGGAACCCAGAGGAGGUACUUCCUACUCACUGAUGCCUUCAGGGCUGGUGUAUGGGUGUGUUGAGCUGAUAAGGUUCAGUUUGCAGCAGAAACUACCUGCUAGUCUUUUGUGUCAGAGGUUCCCAGCCUCCUUUUGCUUCACUUUUGCCCCCUUCUCUGGAACAUUUGACCAAAAACAAUCCUUAUUUCAUCUUGCAUAACAGUCCCUUGUGUGCCCUGCCCAGGUUGAGAGGUGAAUCAAAGUAAUUCUUGAAAGCUCUGCUGGGCAGCUUAGCCGUCUUAUAUGGUCUGUCCACAAUAAGCAGUCCUGGUGUCCACAAAUGUACCAGUCCCUCUCCUUCUCCUGGGUGUCCCCUUGUCUUUGGCUUUCUUUGUCCUGUCUUUCUGUGUUUUAGAAGUGAGAGCCUCUCCUUCACCUUUUGAACAACUGAGUCACCUCAAGUUCUGAGCUUUGCUCUGCAGCCUGCUGGUGCCUUGUAAAGGUAUAUUCGUUAUAGGCCCUAGAGGUUCUAAUGGUCCAGGGUUAAGUGAGAGGAGAUUGUGCUUUGUUUCAAAGGAUCCUUCACCCUGAUCUUCUUCAGUGAGGUAGAUAGGUCACCUAGAGUCCCUUGUCUAUGUUCUUGGAAGCUUAAAUUGUAAAACACAUCACUUAUGGAAUCCUAAAUUCCUCUAGGUGUUUUUGGAAGGUGCAUUUGAGCCUUGUGAGCUAAAAUGGAAUGGAUUUAAUAUUUCAUGUCUGGUAUUUCCAUCUUGCCCCUGGUACACAAGUAACUGGUCUGGAACUUGGCCUUGAUUCGCUGUCUGUCUUCAUGGAUUAGUUGUGCUGUUACGUUGUCUGUGCUACAGAUUUGCCCAUGUAGGAAGUCAGGGGAGACCUUGGUAUCCUACUUGGAAGAUUUGGGGGACUGCUAAAUAUAUCAAAGUGCUUUAUUGUCACCAAGUGAACUGCAGCACAACCAUCUCCUCUACAACAAGUUCUGAAGUCAAUACUGCCUACGGUUGAAACCAGCUAGCCCUGUGUUAGAGGAGGAAAAGCGAUGAUGACAAGGAAGUCUUUGAGCCUGUGUCGUCCACCUGCCAAGGAAAAGCACAAGGUGCUAUCUACUUUUCUCUCUAGGAUUUAGAUUAUCAUUUAUGUGCUGUUGCACAGUGAAACCUGGCCUGUGUGGGCGUGAAAGCUGGUUGGCAUUGUGUUUGAUUCAGUUUUUUGGAUGGCUGAUUGUUUUCACUGUACCGCGGGUAUGCCUCUGUAUUUUUUUCCCCUUUGGCCAUCUUUUUCUGAAAAUAAAGUGAUGGAUCCUCUAGCCAA